AAUUUUAUUACAAUAGAUUCGUAGUGCUUGGUAUUCCUUGAUUAGUUGUCUGUGCCGUGUCAAGCAUGAUGUUUUUGCUGAAAUUGAAAAAAAGCUUGUAACUGCAAUUUUUAGUUGUCUUUCUGAAAGUGAUCCAGUAGUUGCCCCUUCUGUAUGGGAAGCUGCAUUGCACAUUAUAGUUAAAUUUGAGAAUUGCUGGGAAGGAAUAGAUAUUCACAAAGUAGUUCUUCCUCAGUUAUGGACACUCUUAAAACAAGGUGGAAGAGGAAAUGCUCAUUUACUCUUUCCUUGCCUUUUGCCUUUUCUGAGCAAGUUUCCAAAACAAGUCGUUGAAGAAGAAAGCUUUUUACUUCAGUUUUUCUCAUGCUUAAACCAAAGCCUUAAACUUGAAGGAGUAAGAAGUUCACCAAUGGAGUGUGAUGCAAUUUUAACUGCAUUCAUGGAGUGCCUUACAUACAUAUGUUUUGUUCAUUUUGAUAAUAAAAAGUUUGCACCAGAAUUUUUAGAAAAAGUCAUUAUCAACCAAAUUAUUCCUACUGUGGACUCUUCAUUUUAUGAUUGUGAAAGUACUCACAUUGCUGCAUCCAAAUUGUAUCCAUUAUUAGGUGAUUUAAUUAAAAAAACUGAACAGAAAAUUCUUAGUGAAAAUGAAGGAAAUUCAGAGAACUAUGCUAAAUGUUUGCAAGUUUUUUGGGACAAUAUCAUUGACAUUUUGUGUAAAAUUUUUGAAGAAAAACUGAAAGAAAAAUGUAGAGUGUCAACAUAUGUAGCUUAUUUCUUUAAUAGUAUGUUUUCAUCAUCUACAGUUAUAAGAAAUAAGAAACCAAAAGUUAGAUUUGAGGAUGAAGAGAAAACUGAUCAAAAUGAAAGCAUUGCUUCUAGUAACCAAACAGCUGUUACUAUGGGAACAUCAUUCACAAGAGAAAACCAAACUUUUCAGUCCAUUUUAAGAUUAUAUGAAAUUCUGUAUUCAAAAAUUAAUGCAGAAUGCAAUAUUUGUUACUUGAGGAUUUUUGGAGAAUUAGUAGCUUCAACUAUAAACAAAGAACUUUUUAAUGAAUUUUUAAAUACACACAUUGUUCCAAAUGAUGAUGAAAAACUGUCUGUCAUUUUUUGCCAAGAAGUGAUUCUGAAAUGGGCAUCUGCUAGUGAAGGUGAUUAUGCUUGUAUAAGCUCUAUUGUAGAUAUUAUCUUUUGCAUUUGUUGUGUUACUGAAGAAGAAGCUGUGGCGAUACUGAAUAGUUGUUGUAAGGCAAAAAAUAUAGUGCUGUUAGAAAAUAUUUUAAAGAAGGGUUUAGAGACAAGUGCUGAGAAUGAUUACUUUGAAGAAUGGCUUAAAAGUUCUGUAUUGUCUGAAACAGUUCUGAAUAUUUUGAAAGAAACCAGAGCAUCAUUAGAUGGCACAACCAGAAAUGAUGACUGUGUAUCUCAGAUGAAUGUCCUGGGCAUUUAUUUGACUGCAAAGUACUCUAAAGGUCCUAUGGUAGAUAAAAAUAAUGUUGACAAAUUUUUGUAUACCUUGAAAGAUUUCAUUGAUUCAAAAGAUGUAGUGGAUUUAAAUUAUCAUGUUAUAAAUUUUAUAUGUGAUACAUCUAGUAAAAUUUUUAGAAAUUCGGAGGUAAUUUUUUUUCUACUUUAAAUUAUUAUAUGUGAUGUAUUUUAUCAUACAUUGUAAUGAUUUAAUAUAUCUUCAUUUGUGUAAUGUUGCUUGAUGAUAAAUAAAUGCUAU